UCUAAAGUUUUUCACUCAUCGCAUGAAUCCAAUAUUCUCUCUGAUUUUUAUAUGCCGUAUAUUUAAGUCAUAAUCGUAUGGUAUCUUCGGUUCAGUCAGUGUUAUAAUACCAUACAUAACUGGAUGAGUCAUUCACACACUUCUUACAUGUGGAUCAGUUGACUAUAUCAUCCACACCGAGGAGAGAGAGAGAGAGAGGCCUAUAAAUACGAGAGUUGUUCCCAACUUUUUUCCCACUUAAUAGUCAGCUGUUAUAUAAGAAGUGUUACGAUAUUUUGUUAUUUAUUUUUUCAAAAGUGAAAACAAAACAAAACCUCUGCAAACAUGAAGAUGUCUAUGACUUUGAAAUAUAUCACAACAUUCUCGCUGUUCUUCUGCUACUUCUUCUACGGAGUCAACUUCUAUGUGGUCGGGCCCACUCUCAUUGAGCUGUCGGCGCUGUUCAGCACAACCAUCGAGAAAAUAUGCUUCAUUUAUACGGUGCGGUCGGCCGGUAUCACUGUUGGCAGCCUAAGGUUGGCUUCGAUAUACUGUCCCACGAGUGAUGGCGAGAGGGCACAGGUGAGGCCCCCGGCGAACACAAAUAUAGACCCAAUCGUAUUGGUCACCUGGAACUGGUGCUCUGUGACUUUCACGUUUCACUUACCGAGGAAUGCAUACAUGGAGGCGUACACGGACGAGAAGCCGGCGCCCAGUAUGAUAUUUCCCGUCCACAUCAUCACGACGGAUGUAUUGGCCCAAAAUAUGAGGAUCAAUAUGCCGGACACCAUCAUCACAAUCACUUCGGGCUUGAGUUUUAUGGCCAGAGGUAUGGAUAGCCCGCGACCGACGGUAAAGGCGGCGGCCGACGCCGACGUGACCAGAGCUGCCGCCUGA